UUCAGCUGUUCUCGUCACUCCGAACUUUCGGGAGAACCACAGAAGGAGGGGAGAGAGGGAGAGAACAACGCCAUUUUCCCUGACCCUGUGCAGUCAGACAGGUGUCUUUAGUCCAGACUGGCACGUGGAUCAGCACCAGACAGUCCUUGUGGGUGGAGAAAAAGAGUCGUAGUGGGCCAUCACAAGAGGAGGAAGAGGUGAAGGUGGAGCUAUGUCGACCACUUGGCGUGAUGAAGAUGAAGAGUUAAGGGUGGGAGGAGUAAAAGGCGGUUUGAGAGCCAAACCGAGGUUCUCCUUUACAGAGGUCAAACUGCUACUGGAGGCAGUGAAGAGGAACAGAUACAUCAUCCUUAGGAAGUUUAACCAAGGUGUGUCAGCUGAAACCAAGAAACAGACCUGGGCUGAAAUCACAAAUCAGAUCAACGGUCUGGGAGAGAAUCACAGAGAGGUGCGGCAGAUCAUGAAGAAAUGGGCUGACCUCAAAUGUGAUGGAAAGAGACGCAUCGCGGCCCUGCGGGGCCCCAACGGCAGCAACCUGAGGAAGAAGAACCUGGGCCCCGUGGAGAGGAUGGUCCAUAAGAUACUAAUGAUGAGUCCCAGAGGAGAUGGAGACAGUGAUCAGGACAUUGGAGAAGAUGAUGAUUUCUCAAAGCUUUACACUAAAGGCCUAUCCUCGAAUCCUGCUCCCUACUCCUACCUCAGCCUGACAGACAGCUCCCACUCGUUACCUGGAGGAGCCUCCUUAGACCUCUCUCCUCUCUCCUCACCAGAGAAAGAACUUGGUGGAGAUCCUUUCCAUUCCUCCUCUGACUUUGACGUAGACUUGGGUGAUGAUGGAGAACACAACAUGGACUUUGAAGAAAAUGAUGACUCCUUGUUCUCCUCCCAUCCUUCCUCUCUUCCCCCGCCCUCAUCUACCUCCCUGGACCCCCUGCCGGAUGAUGCCUUGCUGAGGAUCAAGCCAGUCCACACUUACUCCCGAAACAACAGCCAGAAUCACAACCACAUCCAGAACCACAACUACUCGAGACCUACACCUGGACCCUCUUCCUCUGUGGCCUCCACCUCCUCCGUUCUCCCUCCAGUAUCUGAUUCAGACGGUGCCUCAUCCUCCGCUGCACCUCCUUUGUCUCAGUCCCCCACAAAUGCCAAAAUGACUGGCUCCUCCAUCCCUGCUCCCCCUCCUGCCUCCUCCUCCUCUACGCCUGUUGCAGCCAAUAACUCUACCUCUCACCCUGUGCCCUCUUCAUCCUCAUCCUCUGUCCCACCACCUCCUGCUCCUCCUCCUGCUUCCUCUGCUGCUGUAUCCUCCUCCUCUUCUGGUGCUGCUGUAACCACCGCUCCCUCAUCUUCUGUCCCUUCAGCGAGCCUUCAGCAACCACCUCCCUCCUCCUCCUCCUCUUCCUCCUCCUCCUCUUCCUCCUCCUCCUCAGUCCUCCCAUCCAAUCAACCCCCAACCUCAACCUCAAACUCAUCUGACCCUCUGCCGGCUGGAGCGUCCUCCCGCAGGUCCCAGAACCACGUGGCCCAGAUGGCCUCUCAGAGCCUCCAGCAGCAGCGGGCCAGCAGGAUGCUCCUGACCUCGGUGUCUCAGUCUCUGGAGGUGCUGGCUCAGUCUGUCCAGCUGCUGGUGGAGAGCCAGCAGGAGUUUGUGCAGGAGUCUCUGCUGCUGCAGAGAGAGACAGUGGACAUCCUGAGGGAUUUCUCCAACACGGCGCUGACUAUGCUGAGGGACAAAGCCAACAGUGGACAUUUGCCGACACAUCAUCAUCCCCCUUCACACUUCUGAAAAAUGGACAUGAACAAACUAGUAGGUUUUUACAAAAUGAGACAAAAUGGGAAGGAACAAGCCAAGUGCAGGGGAAUUUUGAGUGCUUCAGGUUUAAACUUCUGUCUUAUUAGUUAACAUCAUAAAAGAGAAGGUGAUAUUUGACUUUAACAACCUGAAAAUGGGACAAAUUAUUUGCCCAAAGGCACAAAAACAUGCCGCUUUGAGUCUUGUUUUUCGUUAUGUAUCUGCUGUUGGUUUGUAGCAGGCUCGUGUGUUCUCCACACUGUAAUUGGCAGUUUAAAGCGAGUUGUUUUGAGCUGCUGAAAUCACCCGCUUGCAGUGAGCGGCGAUGGGACUGUGCUCAUGUGUGGAGAAACAAACGCAGAUAAGAUGAUGCAGAGACAAGAGUCCCGCAUUUCAUUUAACAUUCGGCUCACUGAAUGACAGGAAUUGAGCAAAGCAACUGUAACAUGUCAGAAGAAUAUAAAUAGAUACUAAUCUUGCAUUUUAGAUUUUAGAUCCAUACGGUCACCAUUUUAAUGCUUUCAAUGCUGAUAAACUUAAUCUAUACCGGCUCAGCUCAAACUAGCCCCCCAGUCUCACUGUUAUUUCCAACAUGGCAGGCGCUGAGACAGAGCAGGAAGAAAAUGAAAACGAAAAGAACUGUUUAGUUGAGGUUACUGCUGAAUUUACUGCUGCUGGUGAAAAAGUUUCUUGUGUCAUUUCCAAAGGGUUCAUUUUUUAAAAUUAAGGAAAGAGAAAAAAAUUUCUCUCUGGUUUGUCUGUGCGAUCUAAUAACCUACUUCCAAAAGUCCUCCACAGUUUGGUCUGGGAGCGCCUCAGUAACAUGAAUUGGAAACUCUGUUUAAUUGAAUGAGAGAAGAGAAUAAACAAUUGUGCAUGAUCCAGUUCAAGAAAUCAUCCCGUUACAGAUGUAAUACCAGAUCCCAAACACCUGCCUCUGGACUCAGUGUAAGGUUACAUCUGGGUCACUGUCAUCUGAUGCAGCUAAAAUCACAAUGAAUGGGUAUUAAAUAAAUCAGCAUAAUUAUUAUUAUUAUUAUUAUUAUUAAAUACAUGUCUUUGAUUAGGGAGGGAGGGAGAAAUCUAAUUUGCUGUUGCUGAUCAAUGAAAACUGAUCUGUUUAAAAUUCUGUGGGUCGAUUGUCUUGUGGGAGUUAAUUCUAGCAGGUUAACAUUAUCCCACAAUGCAAAGUAAAAACAAGCAAACAAGUAAUGAUGAAACAAGUGUCACUGAUGGUGCUAAAUAUUUAGAUUUUGCCAUCAUUACUACAGUCUUCCUCUUUAAAUCUUAAAAGUAGUGACUCAGAGAUGGACACAGAGAUGGAUAAUGUUUUCUUUUAGUCCACCAACUACUCUGCGUCGCAGGGGCUGUGUGAUGUUUCUAACUGUUUAAAGACUCCUUCAAACCUUCGACACUGUGUUUUUCUCUCACCAGGCAAACAGUUCGAGGAGCGAUGUGGAUAAAUGUCAUUUUAAAAUUGUGAUGUUAAAAUCAGUGGAGAAACUGUUAAAACGAGUUAAAAUGUUAAAUGUGUAGACCCAAAAACCAGGAGUUUGUUUGAAAUGUUUGUCUCUUUCUCCCCGGUCUCAGAUCAGUCAGAAACAUGCUGAAUAAAGAUGAAUAUGACGAAAGCAGUUCUAUCGUGCAGUGGAUAAAAGAAAAUAUUUGUAAAACUCUUACUAAAAGCUAUUAAAGGAAGUUUCAUGGUAGGACCGCACUACCAGCCCAAUGCAGUUAAAUGCUUUUGCUGUUGUUAGUCAGUUGAACCCUGCUGCAGGCCUAACUGCCCCCACCAAGUUCUGAAUGUGGUCAAACGGUGAACGUGGCUGGUGAAUUUUGUAACAUAGAUUUAAUGUGGAAUCAGCUGAGCCAAUUCCCGUGGAUAAUUGUCCCACCCCAUAAUCCUUCCCUCCAACCUGACACCCUGGCAAGCAUCAAAUUUCUGAGCGUUUCCAGAAAUAUAAGAAAGGUUUCAAUCUCUAGAUCUGAAAUUUGGACAAAACAGCAGCUUGUAAAGUAAACCAGUGUCAUGUACACACACCUGGUUUCAAACAGACCAAUAAAAAACCCUGAGUAGAAACUGAGACAACAGUCUGAGAAGCAGUUGUACUUGUUGGUAUUAAAGAUGUACUGCUGCCCAUAAUACCACAUAAAGAUGAUGAGCUUUUGAAUUCUUGUUCUUUGCUCCUCCUUCUGAAUCUGCAGACCUUACCCUUGGAGAUGCAGUUUCAUCACUUGCAGCUGGCUCUCUGACCAAUCGACUGUAACCAGGCUAUGUGAUGUUUCUUACAACCAAAUCCUGAGGAUAAAGAUU